AUGGCUCCCCGAGCCCCCGUCCGUCGCGGGCGUGACGAUGUUGAUUACUCUGCGGUGGGCAAGUUGGGAAGGCGAACUGGUGUCACGCUGGAGCAAAGACCUGUCGAUGCGAACGGAAUGGAGGAGAUAACGGGAAUAUUUUCGUCCCCGCGCAAACCCUCUCCGCUGAAGAACAUGGUGGUCAUGGAAAGCGUAGAUGAAGCAGCAUCAAGCCUGACUCCUAGACAAACACUGUCGGCCUCGCGACGAACAACUCGGAAUACGCCGGUGCGGCCGCCUGCGUCUUCUUCGCCUCGGAAAGCUGGGAUCAGUGGAACUGCUAGAAGAAGCAAUGGAAUGGAUAUAUUCUCUUCGAGGAAAAGCCAACGGUUUGGACACCAGGAAGAUCUUGAGAACACGCCCAACAUCGGCAGUGUCAGACAAAUGCAACAACCCAGCGUCAGCCCCAGCCCAGAAAAGUCGCCGUUGCGAGAUAUUACAAUGCACAGCACACCUUCGAAUGGGAGGUCUAGAAUGAGCAUGGUCCAGAUAGAGAGGGAACUGAGCGAAGUCCGCGAACGUGCACCCUCCUUCGAAACUUCACUGCCAGACAUAUCCCAUGAUCCCGCGCUAGAUGAGGGGCAUGCAUUGCCCACAACCGAGGACUACGGUCCGACACCCAACGAGCAGGAAGAGGCGCCUUGGGAGGAAGAGGGGGAAGCAAUGGAGGGUCUUGGUAGCCCUGCGCAAGAGCUAGAUGAUGAAGAGGCAGACCAGACUUUCGAGCCUGAGCCUGAGCCUGAGGUCCACCCCACGAUGCACAACGAAGCAAAUUCACGAAGGAAGAGAAAAUCGGACACGGUUGAACAUGAUGAGGAAGCGGCGGUUUCGCCUGUAGCUCGAAAGGCUCGGAAACUCAAGGACAAACAACAGGCAUCAACCAUAGAAGUAUCCCAGAGGCCGACGGAAAAGCAAUCGCGAUCACCGAAACCAAAAGGCAAACAACCUCUGAGGAAGAAGGACGCCAACGUCCCAAUGUCGUCUCGACAGGAGCAGGAACUUGAGAACAUCAUUGAGAAGGUGAAAGCAAGGCCUGGCCCACCAAGAUCUCUGUACAUAUUGCGUCGCGAAACGCCGGCUGAUGAUGGCGUUACGCACACCCGAAGCGGACGUGUCAGCAUCAAGCCUUUGGCGUACUGGCGCAACGAAAGAUGUGUCUAUGGAGGUAGUCCUAAGAGUGGUCUCGCAGAUGGCGCUCGAUUUCCCUUGAACAGCAUCAAAGAAAUUGUACGGACGGAGGAAGUCGAGAGUCAAAUUGCAACGCAAAAAUCGAAAAAGGGCAAGAAAACAGCCAAAGGUAAAGGCAACAGCAAGCCACGCGCAGCGUCAGCCGAGUUAUCAGAGUCUUCAGAUUCUGAUGAAGACAUGGACGUCGACGGGAUGCCGAAAGAAGAUCCCUAUGCGGAGCCGUGGGAGACGGAUUCCGGAACCUUGCGUGGGUUUGUUUCGUUGUGGGACACUCAAGAACAGGCGCCGAUGGAAGACGAGGAGGAAAUCGAGAUAGCCCACGCUCCUGCUGCCAUCAAGACGCGAGAAGUCAAGGCUUCAAGCCUCAACGAAGGUCCGACAUUCCGCUACGCCAAGUUGUUGAGCACGAAUUUCUUUGGAUCAGGCCUUGUCGAUCUGCCGCCCGGUGGCAUCAAGAGACCUAAAAACAGCCGAAAGAUGCAUAUGAGCUUCUACGUCGUCAAGGGUCGGGUCAGUGUGACUGUCGGUCCCAUUGAUGGUGACGAAACCGGAAGUAUGAAUCGAUUCAGCAUCGGCAAGGGUGGUUUUUGGCAAGUCCCGAGAGGUAAUCAAUACUCGAUAGAGAACGAACUGGAGAAACCGGCUCGUGUGUUCUUCAGCCAAGGGUGCGAGCUCGUACCUUUUAACGAAGAUGAACAAUGA